GGAUCGGUGAAUGGUUCGGCGAUAUGUGUGGCCCUCGGGGUCAUCGGGCUGCUCGGGGUCAUCCUUUGUUCUGCCCUCCCUCUCUGGAAAGUGUCACAGGGACGUCAUGAAGGCCUUUGGGUGGAUUGUGUGAAGAAAGAUAGCAUGCACCAGUGCAAGGUGUAUGAGUCCAAGGUAUCCCCUGACCUGCAGGCCGCCCAGAUCAUGAUCAUCAUCAGCUGCAUGCUCGGUGCACUCAGCGUCCUCGUCCUGUCCUGCGGUGCCGACCUCACAACGUGUGUGCAGAACCAAGACGCCAUGCCCAGAAUGCGCCUGGUGGCCGGGGUGGGCCUGCUGCUGGGCGGCCUCCUGGUCAUCAUCCCGGUCAGCUGGUCGGCUCGUGUUGCUGUGACAGGAAAAGAAUCCCAAAAGAGAGAGAUGGGAGCGUCCAUCUACAUCGGCUGGGCAGCUGGCGUGCUGAUGAUCCUGGCUGGAGGUCUGCUCUGCUGGUUCAACAGACCCAAAUCCAAAGCUUAGGCUGAACUGGCAAGUAC